AGCUUUUACUUCCUGAACAACGUGGCCAAACCCACCGGGACGUUUACACCGAGGAGGCCGGCGAAACCGUAAACAAGUGUCACAUACUCUGACGCUCGCUUCUUCCAUGCAAAGCAGGAAGAAGACUCUUUUUCCCGUCCACCGCCCACUGUUAUUGAGUGGAAAUGUGACGUCUUGUGGCUGCAGGUGAGGAGACAUGUCGUAACAUGGGCGGAGAAUGUGAGCAGGUAGAAGCGCUGAGAGAGAGAGAGCUUCAGACACAUCCAGGAUCUGAUCUGUACCUACACGGACCUGCAGAGAGACACACACUUCUUCUGAUGCUGAAGGAGACCAGUCUUCCCACCAUGGAAACACAGGCAGAAAAACAAAGGCCUAACAACGGCCAGUUGAUUUUUGUGCCUCACAAGGAUACAAUCCGUCUGCUGGAGGUGUACGUCACGCGCAGCCUCAGCUUAAAUGACGGGACAUUGGGGCCCAGGAGGGCCAGGAGCAAAAACAAAUGGGUUACAAUGCCAAGAAAGCUAAGACGACACUCCAGCGACCCUUCCUUUUACUUGAAUGAUGGAAUAAACAACGAUGAGAAGAUUGGUACAUUUUAUCCGGGCGAACCUUCCCCAGAAGAGCCUGAGAAACGUCCUGAGGAAUCAGAGAAACCCACCAAAAAAUCAAAGAAGAACAAAAAGCCGUCCUUUUGGAAAAGUUUCCUCGGUUUUUUCUCUCGGAAAAGUAGCGAGGAGAAAGAUGAAGAGCAGGAAAGUCCACCAGAGAUGCCCGAGGACUCUGACGCGGUGAUCACCGGCCUGCCUCCAACUCCAGUCAAUUCACAAAAAAAACGGUCCAUGAGAAGGAGAUCCAUAAAAAGAAGGUUCUCCAAAAGGCGGCUAUCUCUGAUAAAACCAAAUAAACUUGUUAAAGAUCUCAAAUAUGAUGACAUCACUCGAGUUGAUUCUGUCGUCAGCGUGGAACCGACGCACCAUUACUUCGAGACGGUGUCGGAGGUACUGGAAAAUAUUGUCCACGAGGUCCAAGAAAAAGAGGAAGUCAAACCUCUCUCUGAUGAGGAAGUAAUAAACAGGAUCAUUGCUCUGACAAAAGUGGAGGGGGAUGCCAUCGACGACAAGCUGAAAGACAACCCCACCCUGAGCAACUUCUUCCAGGGGAUGUCGUACGCUUCCUUCCAGAAGUUGGCCGACGCGUAUCUGGAGACAGAAGCAUCGCCGAUCCACAGUCCUCCCACUGUCCUAGCGACGGCACCGGAGCUGGUGAAGUUGGCCUUCACGCUUGACUUUACAGCCAGGAUAGUCGGGCUCUCCAGACAGAAUAUAGGUCACAUCACCUGCCUGGGGAACCGUUAUCUAAAUGACCGAUUUGAAUACCAACAGGCAUGUACAGAUCAUCUGGACAGCGAUGACUGAGAGGAAGCAAGAACAGAACCACGCUGCACUUAAAGAGUUCGUCUCUUCUCGGCGCCACAGAUGUGGUGAAAGAUUGUGUUGCAAGCUUGAAUUUCCCCUUUUAACACAGCGGGCUACCUGAGACCAGCUUUAAGCUUGUAAACGACCAACCUUUCACCAUAUCGUUAGAUUUUUACUGUUCUGUGAUAGAAAGCUUGUGUACUUCUGCUGUAACAGGAUGUUUACUGAAAAAACUGUUGACUGACUUUGGUAGAUUUGAGUGUUGAUGGAAGAUCAAUUUAAAAAGUAGUUUCAGACUCACACUGAUGAUGCUGUUUACCAAUCCACCGUUGAGUUCUACUUUCUGUACGGCGAUUUGUAAUGAUGAACAAUGUAAUAACCUUUGUAUAUAAGCGGGACACCUCUGUGCAAUAUUUUAGUUAAAUUUCUAAGAAUUCAAAUUGAGCAAAGCUUUAUUUAAUAGACAAACUGAAAUGUGACAUGAUUAUGAUAUUGGUUUGUAUGGAUGCUGGCAUUCAUAUUACAAUCUCAAAUAAAAGAUAUUUAAUUCAAUG